AUGCACCUGAAAGUCCUUGAGGAUGAGGCGGGGCCUGUGCCCGAGGAGGAAGCGCUUUUCGCGUUCCCCUGCAUCCUCUUUCAUGUUGUUACAGGAGUGAGAGUCCUCGUAGAUGCCAGAGAGAAACUUCAUAUCCCUUGGGGAGAUCCUGCAAACCAGAGCAACGGGGACACAAUGAUGGCGUUUGACACUCGCUCAGUCACAGUGGUGCAAGGCAUGGUGGAGACGGCUGUGUUCCUGCAGUACCUGCCAGCCAUCAGGGCUCUCUGGGCAGACAGUGGCAUCCAGCACGCCUAUGACAGGCGCCGGGAAUUCCAGCUGGGGGAAUCUGUAAAGUAUUUCUUGGACAACUUGGAUAAACUUGGAGAACAAGACUAUCUUCCCUCACAGCAAGAUAUACUGCUGGCACGAAGACCCACAAAAGGGAUUCACGAGUACGACUUUGAAAUAAAAAAUGUUCCUUUCAAAAUGGUUGAUGUAGGUGGCCAGAGGUCAGAACGGAAACGUUGGUUCGAGUGCUUCGACAGUGUCACAUCAAUACUCUUCCUUGUUUCCUCAAGUGAGUUUGACCAAGUGCUUAUGGAGGAUCGGCAGACGAAUCGCCUCACGGAAUCCCUGAACAUUUUUGAAACAAUAGUCAAUAACCGGGUUUUCAGCAACGUCUCAAUCAUUCUCUUCUUAAAUAAGACGGACUUGCUUGAGGAAAAAGUACAGAAAGUGAGCAUCAAAGACUAUUUUCCAGAGUUUGAAGGGGAUCCCCACUGCCUAACAGAUGUCCAGAAAUUCCUGGUGGAUUGUUUUCGUACCAAACGCCGGGACCAGCAGCAGAAGCCCCUCUACCACCACUUCACCACUGCUAUUAACACAGAAAACAUCCGGCUAGUUUUCCGUGAUGUCAAGGAUACCAUCCUUCAUGACAACCUCAAGCAGCUUAUGUUACAGUGAUGUGCAAAAAAGACGUUUUUAUUUGAGUAACUUUUGUGUGUUGUUUUUUGUUGUGUUGUUUUUUUUUUUAACUAGAAGUUUACAGCAGGAGUAGAGAAAUCCAGAUCCUGUCAGACUUCUUGAUAUGUGGCUAAAAGCUGCUGCUGAACACAUUAUUGCCAAUUUCUGCAGAAAUUCAGGCUUAAUCUCUUCCAGUGUAGCUUCAAGUUGACUCAAGUUGUAAUUUUAUAGC